UCUCGGGCUGAGGGCCACUCGUUCUCUCCUUCCUCUCCCAUCGCGCCUCCGACACAUACGGCCAUGUCUACCAAUUGCCGUCGCAGACUCAUCCGCGACUUCAAGCGCCUCUCCACCGACCCGCCAGGCGGGAUCUCAGGCAGCCCAUGUCCGGAUAACAUUAUGCUCUGGAACGCGGUCAUCUUUGGCCCAGCGGACACACCGUUCGAGGACGGCACCUUCAAGCUCCUCCUCACCUUCGACGAGUCCUACCCGAACAAGCCACCCACCGUCAAGUUCCUCUCACGCAUGUUCCACCCCAACGUCUACGCCAACGGCGAGCUCUGCCUCGACAUCCUCCAGAAUCGGUGGUCGCCCACCUACGACGUCGCCGCCAUCCUGACCUCCAUCCAGAGCCUCCUCCACGACCCCAACCCCAACUCCCCCGCGAACGCCGAGGCCGCACAGCUCUAUCGCGAAAACAUGAAGGAGUAUGUGCGACGUGUGCGUGCGACUGUCGAGGAGAGCUGGCUAGAUCCGGAGGAGCAGCAGGCCUUGGACGCGGAGGAUGCCGGUGCGGCGACGGAGGCGAGUGGCUGAGGGGCGUGGAAAGUGGUAUUGACCGGAAGAUGUAUGUACUCGGAAUCCUCACUUGUAUCGCUGGUGUAUGAUCGUAAUCAUUUGUAGUUAUCGUCAUCGCAUCACGUCUCGUCUGUAACCCUAGUCUAACGCAUGUAAGUUCUGCAAUCUCAUUGCUAUCAUACGCAAUCCUGU